AUGAGAAUCGCCAUCACCGGUGCCCGCGGCACCGUCGGUCGCGCUGUCGUCAAACAAGCCUCUGAAGCAGGUCAUUCCACUGUCCAAGUCGACCGCACCGACACCAAAUAUGAUGGAACACCGAACUCCGAGAUGAAGACCGCCGACACCGCCAAUGACUACAAAGCCACCCUUGAAGCCUUCAAAAGCUGCGACGCAGUCAUCCAUCUGGCUGCCAUUCCAGACCCCUUGGGAAAAGACGAUGAACUUGUGCACAACAACAAUGUGACCUCAGCAUUCAACGGCUUCUACGCCGCUGCUCAGUUGGGCAUCAAACGAUUCUGCUAUGCAUCAUCGGUGAACGCGAUCGGCCUGGAAUACGCCACGCGACCGCUCAAGUUCGACUACUUUCCCAUUGACGAGGAAGCGCCGUCCACUCCGACCGACUCAUAUGCACUAGCCAAGGAGGAAGCCGAAGCUCAGGCGCGAGCGUUUGCAAGGUGGUUUCCGGGGAUGAACAUUGCGUGUAUGCGCAUCCACGCCGUGGCGUCUCGCGAAGAAGCGCAGCAAGGACAUAAAGAGAGGUGGGAAGACUCGGCUGUUAAGAGCUUAUGGGGCUGGGUGAGCCCAGAAGCGACAGCUCGCGCAUGCUUGUUGACGGUGGAAAAGAAUGACAGCUUCUCGGGGGCUGAGAUAUUCAAUGUGGUUGCUCCGACAACGACGCAGGAUACGCCGUCGCGCGAGCUGGCAAAGAAGUAUUAUCCGGACACAGAGAUUCGAGGCGAGUUCAAAGGGAACGAGUCGUUCUUUACGGCUGAAAAGGCAAAUAGGAUCUUAGGAUGGAAGCAUGAGUGA